CUCUUCGUCUCCGGGCUCUCCGCAAUUCGGAGCGCAGUGCACUCGGCAGCCAGGACCUUGUCUCGAAAAAAAGAGAGGAAAAACUCAGCAGCCAGGACCAACGACGCGGCGGCGACGGCGAGCGUGACCGCGAGCGCGCCCAGUCUCCCUACAGAUCCGCGCGGCGGCCGGCAAGGGGUCAUCUGCACUGUAAGCUGGUAGCUGAUUGAGAAGAGGGGAAUACCAGCAAUGUUCUCCUUGUUACAUGGUCUAUGGAACCAUGUGUUCAGCAAGACAGAGUUCCGUGUGCUCAUCCUUGGAGUCGAUAAGGCUGGGAAGACGACCUUGCUAGAAAAGUUGAAGUCAAUCUAUUUGAAAGGAGAAGGUCUUCCACAUGAUCGUAUUGGUCCAACUGUGGGGCUUAAUAUUGGACGUAUUGAAGAUGCAAAUGUAAAACUUGUUUUCUGGGAUCUGGGAGGUCAGCCUGGCCUAAGAACUAUAUGGGAGAAAUAUUAUGAUGAGGCUCAUGCUAUAGUAUACGUUAUCGACUCUGCCUCCGCAUCAACAUUUGAAGAUGCCAAAUCUGCUCUUGAGAAAGUGCUUCGUCAUGAGGAUCUGCAAGAGGCACCACUACUCGUAUUCGCCAACAAACAGGAUUUACCAGCAGCUGUCACAGAAGAAGAAUUGGACAGACAUCUUCACCUUAAAGAGUUUGAUGAGAGGCCAUAUAUGUUUGUUGCGGGAUCUGCAUAUGAUGGGUAAGUAGAGCAAUUCCUUCAGUUGCCAAACUUAUUUGCUUCAUACUGAAGGAUGAUCCAUUAUUAUGAAUAUUUCUACUAAUUUCUUAUCAAGAUGGACUUUCAAUGAUUCAGUUUAGGCUAGCAACCACAUUGCUUAACUCAUUCUAUUUUAACUAUACAUUGCUUAAUAUAUUUUUCUUCUAUGAAUAUAUGAUAGUCAAGGAUACAUUGAACUAGCCACU